UUUUUAACUUGAAGACGAUUAAAGUUUAGACAAUGAUUUCAAAACUAUUCUUAUUAGCUGCUACAUCACAAUUGGUGUCAUCACUAAGUCAUGGAAGCUAUGGUGAUCACGAGUCAUCAUCUAAUUUACAUACUUUCUUUCCAUCAUAUGAUGCUGCUUUUGCCGAAAUUGGACGAUAUUAUGGCCAAGUCAAUGACUGGAAAUACAGGAAAGUUUACUUCAUCUCUAAAUACUUUAAAUCGAGUUGGGCUGAAGCAAAAGCAAUUUGUAGAUCAUUUGAUCUUGAACUGGCAACAUUUGAAAACUUAGUAGAGUUCACAAACUUCCAGAAAAUAUUAAAAGCAGCAAAUCCUUUCCCACCAAAUAUUGACAUGGUUCAUGUGGACGGAAUGACACCGAAUACUGGCUCAACAACAGAUUGGUAUUGGACAAAUUCAGGAGUUAAAAUCCCUUACACUUUACAAUGGAAUCCAGGUCAGCCAGAUAAUGCCGGUGGUCAAGAAGCUUGUUUAACAAUUCGGAAGUAUGGUGGCGAUUAUGCUUUCAAUGACUACUUCUGUUCAGAAAGAACAACAUACUUUAUAUGCCAGAAAACUGAAUUGUUUCAUGAAGAAAUUUGAUAAUUUUGUAGUUCUGAACAAGGAUACGGAACUUAUCAACUGACUAAAUCAUUUCUGAACAUUUUGAUAAGUUCUACAUUCUUGGUUCCAAACAUAUCCAAUAGCUGAUAAUAAAGAUA